AUGGGAAAGCUGACGAUUCAUCAAUCGCUUACCGGUCACGUUGGCCGCGUGUGGAGUGCUGCCUGGCAUCCGACUGGAACGCUGUUCGCUUCCUGUGGUGAGGACAAAACGAUACGCAUCUGGACCAAGACCGGCGAUGGAUGGAGCGCGCAAGCAGUGCUGGCCGAGGGUCACUCCCGGACGAUACGAGAUGUCGCCUGGUCACACUGCGGUCAGUAUCUAGCGUCGGCCAGCUUUGAUACCACCGUGGCCAUUUGGGACAAAAAGACAGGCGAAUUCGAGUGCAAUGCCACGCUCGAAGGGCACGACAAUGAGGUGAAGAGUGUCACCUGGUCCCGGAACGGUAAUCUGCUGGCCACCUGUAGCCGUGAUAAAUCGGUCUGGAUUUGGGAGAUACACAACUACCUUGACCAGGAGGAUGAGUACGAGUGUGUGGCCGUCCUGAACGCGCACACCCAGGAUGUGAAGAAAGUGAGCUGGCACCCGACCCAGGAUGUGCUGGCAUCCGCAAGCUACGACAACACGAUUCGACUGUAUAAGCAGGACCCGGCUGAUAACGAGUGGGGACCGGGUGCGGAGCUCGAGUCUCACGCUUCGACCGUUUGGAGUAUUUCGUGGGACAGUACCGGUAAACGGUUGGCAUCGUGCAGCGAAGAUGGUACGGUGAAGAUUUGGCAAGAGUUUGACCCGAACAACAGUCUCGGAAUUGCCUGCCCGGAAGGGGAAUCGGUGUGGAAGUGCGUCUGUACACUGGCCGGAUACCAUCCGCGCAGUGUCUACGAUGUGGAUUGGUGCAAAAAGACGGGCCUACUGGCCACCGCUUGUGGUGACAAUAGGGUGCGUGUUUUUAAGGAAGUGCCACCAUCGGCGGCGGAAGCGGAUCAGCAACCGACCUUUGAGCUGGUGGUGACGAGUGAAGCUCACAGCCAGGAUGCGAACAAAGUGGCGUGGAAUCCGGUCGUGGCAGGGAUGCUACUGUCGGCCAGUGACGACGGUGAUAUAAUUUUGUGGCAGUACGAAGACGACCUAGGGAUACCGGAGUGUCGCUGAUGCUUAGGUGCUAGAGUGUUUGUUCGCGAUGGGUCUUAAUAGCUGCAUAAUAUAUUGUUGAAAAAUCCA